AUGAAAGUAGGCAUCAAAAAACAAGUGUCUGCAUUGUCAAUAAACCCCAUCGAAAAAUUCGAUGGACCGUUUGCGAUCGACAACAAUCCCAGUCAUGUUCCUGAAAUGCAAUACCUCGUGAUGACUUUGAGUGUCUUAUUCAUCGAAUACUCUCAAUCCUACAGAAUUCUGAUCUAUGCACCAAAAAUAUUCCACAGUCAUUUCAAUUUCAUGGGUCACAUCGCAGAUGCUUUAGUUACGGCAGGCCAUGAAAUUGUAUUUUAUACGCCGGCUUACGAUAGCAGUAUAUCAUCGAAUGGUACUAAACUGGCGAGAAAAAUGGAAAGGCGAUCAGAUUUUGAGACAUUAUCACGUCAACGGGAACAAAUUUUUUUGAGUACUUGGGCACAUGGACUUGUCGAACUGAGAGACGCUUUCAGAGUUAGUCAAUUUUAUCGGCGAAUAUGCGGAAUUAUGACCAAAUGGCUCAUAACGGUUGAAGAUCAAUUCUGUGAAAGUCAAUUAAGUGAUCUGCGAUUGAUAAAUAAGCUGAAAGGUGAGCGGUUUGAUGUGGGGAUAAACGAAGCACUAACGUUGUGUGGAUACGCGCUCUUCAUGAAAGUAGGCAUCAAAAAACAAGUGUCUGCAUUGUCAAUAAACCCCAUCGAAAAAUUCGAUGGACCGUUUGCGAUCGACAACAAUCCCAGUCAUGUUCCUGGUGCGCCACUUAUCUAG